AUGGCGACCUUCAACCCCAUGGCCGCGCCAAUGAUGGCGGACACGAUGGUGCUCAACGGGAUGCACAACCCAGCACUGGGGAUGGAUCAGUUUGAGCAGGACAUCACCUUUGACGAGGCACUGCUCGUCAAUGGCAACCUGGGUCCUGUCCCGUUCACCCCGACAUAUGAUUUCGACAACUUCGCAACCACGUUUGAAGAUCCGUUUGCAUAUCCUAGACCGUACGAAGUGGCGCCGCGCGCCGAGGACUUCCACCACGACGACUCCCCGCCGCAGCAGCCAGAUGACAAGCUCCUGGGCUUCUCGGUGACGGCCGUCAAGGCUUCGCCCCUCGACGAUACCACAGGCGCCUAUUCGGAGCCUUUCAUGUCUGCGGAGCUCUAUGGCAUGUUCUUCGUCGCCGAGGACGUAUUUGGUGGGGAGACGACAGGAAGGCCGCUGGAGCUCACUUGCUACCGCCGAAAUCUAUGGCAGUGCUCGGGUCAGAUCACGAUGCCGAGGCAUUGCACACAAGUUUUGAACGAGCAGGGCAGGCAAGUCCCAAUCGACGACUUCUGGGCAUCCGUCUCUGCCGUGGAGAGUAUUGAGGGCAAGACCACCGAGAUAAUCUCAAUCCCCUGGAAGAGCAACAACCCCGCCCUUGGAGACGGCCAGGAGACCAAGGUUGCGAGCGCACCACCCAAGAUGGCGCUUGAUCCCAGUAGCGGUCAAGAGAUUGACGGCCACCGAGUCAGCAUUCCAGUAUCGUGGAAGCGCCUGCAAUUCAAGAGCGCCACUGCGAACAACGGGCGGCGAAAGGGUCUCCAACAGCAUUAUGUCGUCCUGAUCAGUCUUCUCGGCAGAAUACAGGGCACCAAUGAGUUCGUCAAGAUCGCCGAGAUCCAAAGCGGCCCCGUCAUUGUCCGCGGCCGAAGUCCGCGCAAUUUCGACAGCAAGAAGGACGUGCCGCUGACUGGCGACAAGAAACCACACCCGCCGGCGCAUCCUGAGCGUGAGCGUUCUACCAGCGAUGUGAGCAGCAGCACUGCUCCGCACAACCUCAAGACUGAGCGAGCAAACUCGGGCUCUAGCUUGCAUCGUUACCAAGCACCAGGGAAUAUUGUCAUUCCUCCACCGUCGUCAAAUGAAUGGGGCGCCGCUCAAGCAGGAUACCAAUCACAACCGCAUUCAGCCAAGAGAGCCGCCAUCUCUCCCAACAUGAACAGACCGCCGAUUCCAGCCUGGAACCCCAGCGUUCAUAGGACGCCCAACAAGACCACUCCGCCAGCGCCCACCAUGCCGAUCAAUCUAUCGCUCUCUGAAGAUGAGCGAAGUCCUCAUAACCAGAGCGGCUCGGAGGCCCUGACCAGUCCUGGAGUGAAUAGAACAAACUCGGUGCAGCCGCGGGCGGGGAGUCCCGUGGAAGAGGACGACCUGCUAUACGAAUAUUUUCCCUUGAGUCUGGAUGACUGGACACCCCUUGUGGAUACGGUAUACCGCCCGCAUAUCGUACAUCACAUCGCAAUACCCCAAGAAAUCAAAGCACAAGCCAUUAGGAGUAAGGCGAAACGCUACUUCUCAGCAGACUGA